AUGUCCUACGACCGCAACCGCCAGCGCCGCCCGUUGUACACCCCACCUCCACCUCCGUCGCGACACCGCCAGCAUGGUCUACUCACCUACUGGGUACCGUUAGUAACCAUUGGCACUCUUGCUGUGGGCGGCUUGGCGGCAUGGAUCUGGACGGAGCGCAAUGAGCACCACGACGAGGACUACCCGCCAUCGCAGAAACCGCAACGCCCACCGCAACGCCCACCGCCGGGCCCUGGCGGGCCUCCUCCACCGGGAGGCGAAGCUGCAAGCUACUACGGAUCGUCGCGUAGCCAGGAACAGCAUGUAGAGGAGCGACACGAAGACGGUCAAACCUUCCUUGGUCAGGUAAGAGGUGCAAUGCGCAGGACGCCGUCGCCGCAGCAGAUCUUCGACCAUGCGUCCAAGCAGGUCAGCGCGAGUAUCGCGGCCGCAGGAAGCGCCCUGGGCAGUAUCAUGGAGGACCCGGAGAACGGUCACGCUUACACUGACGAGAGGGUUGAGCGGAGGGAGAGGAAGGAAGAUCGCGAAGGGUUCAGUGACCAUGAGCGAUGGAGUGAAGAAGCGGAUGAGAAGCGCAGGGUGGGACUGGGAAAGGCGAGGAGAACCGUCGCUGUCGUAGUAAGCGCGGAUACAAACAUGGAUGGCAAGAUGGACGAGGAAGACGUUGUCUACUCGGAGCAUGCCUCCAUCCUUUCUCAUCUCCCGCCACAUCACGAUCCAUCAACAACCGACCUGUUCAUCUUGAUCUACGCUCCUGGCCUGCCAUCCCCACCACCUCUCAACUACCGACCCAGCACGAUGGACGUGGAUACUGCUUCUAACAUAGGCAGCUCCUACUCCCAGAUGAACACGCCAGCGCAAACUCCGGGAAGCGAGCUCCAAAGCAUUUCACCUCGUUUCGAUGCGCUUUACCAGCAGGCUUUGUCUCUCGUUGACGAUCCGAGCAAAGUUCUUUGCUUCACCACAACAGACGGCUACGUCCACAUCCUCCGCCACUUGGUACCCUGGAUGGUCUACGUCUCUGACUUGCUCGCUGGCCACAAUGGACAGGUUAUCACGCAGUUGGCCGAUUACGUCGGGCACAUGGUGCUUGUGCUUGGCGAUGACGGGACUGGCGGGCUGGCCGAUACGGAGACGGAGGAUGAGGCUGCCGCGGGGAGGGAUAAUGGAAGGUGGUAUGACCGUAGUUCAAUUGUGGGCCGAGGCAAGCCGCUGGAGGUGGUGGAUGCGGCGAGAAUGGGGGAGGACUGGGCUAAGAGGGUCGGAGGGAAGGAUUGAGGGCUUUCCAUUUUGUAUAUUAAGAUAUCUGCAUUAUAUGCAUUAGCAAUUCAAAUCGAUGCUGCC